AUGGGUAGUUCAAAAGAAAGUGAGUUGCAAGAUCUUAUGAAUAAUCUUCCUGCAGAUCCUGGACUUCGACCUCAAAUGUUAGAUUAUGAUCCUAACAUUCGAGACGAAGUUCGAAGAGCAUAUCUACAAAAGGGUCCUUGUCAACCUAAGAAUCACAUAUUUCCACAAAUUGAUCUUUCAGGGUAUGAUCGACGUUUUAAUGUCAAGUGGUUUGAUGAGUUUGGCUGGUUGGAGUACAGUAUAAGUAAAGAUGCUGCAUUUUGCUUUUAUUGUUAUCUCUUCAAAUCCAAUUUCAAAAUUGGUCAAGGGUGUAGCGAUGCCUUCACAGAGAUGGGUUUCAGAAAUUGGAAGAAGAAAGAAAGAAUUAGGAAUCAUAUUGGAGGUGUUGGAAGUGUUCAUAAUCAAUCUAGACAAUAUUGUAUAGAUCUUAUGAAUCAGAAGCAACACAUCCAAACAGUUUUGGGCAAGCAAUCAGACCAAGCUCGUAUUGAUUAUCGUAUUUGCUUGACAGCUUCUCUUGAUUGUGUGAGAUUUUUGUUGAAGCAAGGUCUUCCUUUUCGUGGCGAUGAUGAGAGUGACACUUCAAACAACAGGGGGAAUUAUUUGGAGCUCUUACAAUUUCUUGCUGAUCAUGAUGAGAAAGUUAAGGCGGUUGUGUUAGAAAAUGCUCCAGGGAAUCUCAAGCUAAUAGCUCCAACAAUUCAAAAAGAUUUGGUGAAUGCUUGUGCCACUGAAACUAUUAAGAAAAUCAUUAAGGAUAUGGAUGGUGCCUUCUUUUCUUUAUUGGUUGAUGAAUCGCGUGAUGUGUCAAUAAAAGAACAAAUGGCAGUGAAUAUGAAAACCCGUCGUUGA